ACCCGACUUCUUCUGCACAUCGGUGCUUGUUAUGACGAUGCCGAUUCUCCAUUUCGCCACAUCAUAGCUUUUAAAGAUGGCGCUGUCAGAGAUAUGCAACAUUAUCUAGCUGCUUUCUUGAACAUGGACUGGAAUACCAUGUCUUCGUCACAGGAGCAUUGCCGAGCCAACAUUAUCGCAGAGCGGCUAAAGCAUGACAGUUUUCUUCUGUUGUUAGAUGAUGUGCAAGACGGAGACCUGGAUUUGGCGUCCAUCGGCUUGCCGAUGCCGCUUGGCCAUAACCAAAAGGUGAUUCUGACAUCGAAGAGCCAGGCUGUGUGUGCCCGCAUGGGGUGCAACAGAGCCAAUACCGUUGAAAUGAAGUGUUUAGGGGAGGAAGACGCGUGGAACCUCUUCCAGUACAAGACGGGAGUCGAAAUCACCGAAGCUAAUGCUGAAAUUCACGAAUUUGCAAAGCUGAUGGUUUCGGCAUGUGGAGGCUUGCCCGGAGCCAUUUGCUCCGUUGGCACAGCAGUUGCUGGAGUAACGUGCUGUGAACUGCAUCCCGAUGAUUGGUGGUACGCCUAUGAGCGUUUCAAGGCUAACGAGUUACCUGGCUGUUCUGGUUUAGUUACGUGAAAACUUUUUGAAGUGGUGAUAGCGAGCAGACAAUACAUUUGAUUGCUCUACUUGUAGUUGGUUCAAUCAGUUUAAGGCU